AACUUGCGCACGGGUCCCGUUUAAAGAAGAACUAUGCUGCACUUCCACUUUGCUGCUCUACUUGCACUUUUCACCGUUGCUAAUGCAGUCAGCUUCCAAGACCUGUAUAAGGCCUUGGACACUCAAGAAAAGGUUUGGUUGAAGCAGCGAAGCUAUACAAUCUCAAACCAUCGGUGCGUAUAUGCUCUAAAGUCGUUUUUGAACCAGACUGAUUACAAGUUCCAACAACAUUACAAAGAUGGUGAAGAAAAAAAAGAGCAUGAGCUCUUCGCUAAACUUGGAGGAGGUGAAGGGGAAGAUCCGUGGAUGACAGUCAGCAGGCAUCAAGGUGGAUCUGGGAUGAAAUACACGCUAAAAUAUGCGAGCGAAAAGGAGAAGUGUGGUAUUCUUAAACUUCACCUCCAAGGUCACGAACAUUGCGAAAUGCAUGUGUGGAACGAAAAGAUCGAAACCGAAUUGACCGAAUGCCAAAGCCAAUACAGUGCUUUAUGUAGUACGUCGGUUCAGGUUUAUUCAAGCGACUGCCAAACGGAGUCUGGCUAAAAUUAAAAACAAUGGCGUGAUGCUAGUGUGCUGGCGUGCAUGUUUGCACAUGCACCAUUCUUUUUCUUGUAUUUCUUCAGUUGGGGCAUUGCAGUUCCAGUGUCCUGGAAUAGUUUCGCAGUUAUGUAAACCAAUAGAAUAAAUGUUUGUUCGCAUAA